AUGUCUCUCAUUAAAACGAAAAGUAUUUUAAAAAAAAAAGAUUCCAGUUCGAAUAAUUCUUGGUUUUCAAAAUUAGAACCUAAAGCAAAUGCGAAUGUGAACUCUCCCACCUCUCCCAGAAUAAAUAAUUUGUUCAAUGGCUUGAGAAAGCAACCACAAUCUGAAAGUGAACAGCCUAAUGUCAACUCUGAAUUAGAUGCAAAAGAGUUAAGAAGAGUUCGAUUUCCAGUUGCUUCAAUAACAAAAGAAUAUCUCUUUAUGAAAGAGGAUCCCAUUACUGAAAGAAAGUCUCCGACAGCUAUUGAGCCUAUCAAUAUACAAACAUUGGCUCAGUUAUUAUCCCUGUACGAGCUGGUUUGUAGAAACAAACAAGUGCAGACAAUCGACUUGUUAGUCUCCACCCUAAUUAAUCAGCAGCAGACUAGUUUUUUAACCAGGAUUGACCUCACCAACCAACAUAUUGAUAGAUACAAUAUUGAACCCCUCGCCGAUAUCAUGUCUGUUGAGUUUGGUCUUCAGGAACUCGUUCUUAAUAAUUGUGGACUGGAAGAUGAUGCAAUUAAAGUUUUAAUGCACAGCUUAUUAAAUAACGACAAGAUUACACAAUUAAAUUUGGCAAACAAUCCAAAGAUUACCGCAGUCGGGUUUAAAUACAUUGCCGUAUAUAUAAAGGGUGUAAGAUCUACAUUGUAUAUAUAUAUUCAAUAUUUGUUAUUUUGCUAA